AGAGAGAGUAUGAGAGACAGGACCCAGAGCUGCUGCUGCUGAUGCUGCUGCUGCAGCCGUUUGACAAUUCCCCACCCAUCCAGAGCACAGAAGAAGGGAAGAGACUACAGCAAGGAGGAAGAAGGGAGCGACUCCUCAGUAAAGAUGCUCCUGUGCUAGCCAGCACACACGGUGCGAUGCGACUAUGUCCAGCUGAGACAAACGUUUGCCACAGUGAGCCGGGAGAGAGACGUGGCCCAGCGGGAAAGGAGCCAACUCCAGGCCAAAGUCAAAAAUCUGGAACACGUGCUAAAGCAUAUGCAUGAAGCCUUACAGCUGAAACAACAGUUGCAGACAGAGUAUGAGCAAGCAUUGGUGGCCGUUUAUACCAAACAGAAGGAGAUCAAUCAGCUACAAAAGUCUUGGGAUCAAACUGACCAACAGCAUGAGGAAGCAGUACAGUUAUUAGAGGUCAAACUUUGUGACCUGGAGCAGAAAUGCAGGUCACACAGUGAACAUUUCCACCAGCUGUCGAAAAGGCUGCCAAACGUCCGUUUGCAAUCAGAGCCCGCGGAGUUCCCUAAUAGUUAUUCCACCUUGGGGUCCCAGAGCCCAGCCUCAUCAGAGGAGAAACUCUCCCAGGCCAUUGCUGAAUCUGAAGCCCAGUUGCAGAAAGGUGAUGAGAGUGCACCAAAUGCUCAGCUUCUGAUCCCUCAGUUUUCGCCCUGCCCUCUGCAGACUGAAGACAGUGAAGCAUUCAAACUGCUGUCUGUCAAAUCCAGCACCGUAACAACGGACCGCUCCAGCAGCCCCCGACAGCAUCCCCCAUCAGAGAUGGAGGAUGAGACAAGUUCAUCAACAAGGUCCAAACCUCGCUACACUGGCCAGGUCCGCCUUUGCACUGCCCGUUACAGCUAUAACCCUUAUGAUGGACCGAAUGAACAUCCUGAAGCAGAGCUCCCCCUUGUGGCUGGAAAGUAUCUGUAUGUGUACGGAGACAUGGAUGAUGAUGGCUUUUAUGAAGGAGAGCUGCUGGAUGGCCAAAGAGGACUUGUUCCUUCCAACUUUGUGGAAUUUGUCCAGGACAAAGAAAAACUAAUCGGGGAGGGCGAGGAAGACUUAGGCCCGCGGGACCACACGUCCCUGGCCCUGAUGACUGUGGAUGGAGGUGCCUCCCAAGAUGUCCUGCUGGGCUCAAGCAAUGCCCUGGUUCCAUAUAGUAAUGGGACAGGGGGAGCCCUGGAUCCCGAGGACCUAGCGGAAGACGUUGUGCCUUACCCCCGUAAGAUAACCCUCAUCAAGCAGCUGGCACGGAGUGUUAUUGUGGCAUGGGAGCCUCCGGUAGUGCCUUUGGGCUGGGGGAACAUCUCUGGCUACAACGUGUUGGUCGACGGGGAGCUUCGUGCCAGCAUACCAUACACCGGCCGGACCAAGUGCUUGCUGGAAAAGCUGGACUUGGACAGCUGCAUUUACCGCGUCUCCGUGCAGAGCGUCACCGACCGCGGCUUGUCGGACGAGCUCCGCUGCACCGUGCUGGUGGGAGCCAACGUGGUGGUGGCGCCGUGCGGCAUGCGGGUGGACGACAUCCAGCGGGACACGGCCGAGCUCUCCUGGCUGCCUAGCAACAGUAACUACAGUCACACUGUGUACUUAGAUGGGGCGGAGCAUGCUGUCGUGAAGCCCGGCAGGUAUAGACUACGAUUCCACAACCUGAAGCCCCUGACGGUUUAUAAGGUCACAGUAGUGGCACAGCCCCACCAGGUGCCAUGGCAACUGCCUCUGGAGCAGAGAGAGAGGAAAGAAGCUGGAGUGGAGUUUUGCACUCAGGCAGCAGGCCCUACACCAUUUUGCAGAACAGGUCCCCCACAGCCCCCGCAGGAUGUUCAGGUGCUCUGUGGGCAGGCUCCAGGGGUCCUGCAGGUCCGCUGGAAGCCUCCUAUCCUCUCGCCGACAGGCACAUCUAAUGGGGCAAAUGUAGUCGGCUAUGCAGUCUGCACUAAAGGACAAAGGAUAGCUGAGGUGCUGUUUCCGAUGGCUGACUACGUUAGCAUUGAUCUGACAAGGAUUCAGUGCCUGGAGGCCAGAGAAGUCAUUGUUAGGACACUGUCAGUCCAGGGAGAGUCCCAGGACUCCCAUGUCGCCGUCAUUCCAAACAACCUGCUUGUGCCUCUACCUCCAAUACCCCUACCACCCCCCAUGCACCCGCAUGCAGGCCCUCCUCCACUUCCUCAUCCUCAACCUCACCUCCUAUCUCCUCACCAUCCUCAUCCCACCCCCCAGCUUCCUGCUCCGCCCCAUGGCCAAUCACUCCCACCUCACCAUCCACAUCCCCAACCCCAUCCCAGACUUCCCCAUCCAGGCGGACCCCCACAUCCCCAACCACAGCCCUUACACAUGCAGCCUCACCCUCUCCACCAGGGUCCCAGGCCCCAGCACCAACUGCCUCUGCUGCCCCACCCUCACCCCCACCCUGUACCUCAGAGACCAGUAAGUGCCAGAGACCUGGAUGCCAAAGAGCACACAGCCCACCAUGGAGGAGCUAUUCCACCCGGCCAACCUGGAUGGGACCCGGGUCGAUCUCCUCUGCAGCCUCCUGUACCCAUGCAGGGCCACACUCUGGAGGCGCCGCCCCCUGUCCAUUUGCGCUCCCCCUCCCCUCAGAGGAUUCUUCCUCAGCCCCAAGGCACGCUCAUCCCAGACACUGUGGCUAAAGCCAUUGCUCGAGAAGCAGCGCAGAGGGUGGCAGCAGAAAGUGGCAAGGGGGACAGAAGAACAGGGAGAUAUGGAGAGCAGGGCCAUUCAUUUCACCAGCAUCACUCUGAUGAGGAAGAGGAAGAUGAGGAGGGAUUUGCCCGAGGACGUCGGAGAGGACCCUCAGUUGACGAGUUUCUCAGAGGCUCUGAGCUAGGGAGGCCGCCUCACUAUAGUCACAAUGAAGAUUAUCACAGCGAAAGCAGCCGGGGCUCUGACCUGUCUGACAUCAUGGAGGAGGAUGAGGAGGAGCUGUACUCUGAGAUGCAGCUGGAAGAGGGACGACGACGCAACUCGCACAACACACCCAAGUCAAACAGUCCAGGUGGAGGCCGCCAUGACCGGGACAAUGGCAGACGAAUUCAGCAUGGCGGAUCCCAUCCUAAGAGGCGUCCUCUAAUGGUCCCAUCCAUUGAAGUAACCUCUGAGAAUAACAAUGAGGGAAACCCCUCCCCCAUCAACGAAGAUGUUAACUAUGGCAGAGUAGCUCGACACAAGGCGUGGUCAUCCCGCAGGCACAAGGGCGGCACCAGGUCUCCCCAUGACGGCUACAGGAAUCGGGACCAGCGCUCUCCGACAUACUAUGACGAGUCAGAGCCCGAGGAGCCUUAUCGGAUAUUUGUGGCCCUCUUUGACUACGAUCCUCUGUCUAUGUCCCCCAACCCAGAUGCUGCUGAUGAGGAGCUACCAUUCAAAGAGGGGCAGAUAAUUAAGGUUUUUGGUGAUAAGGACACAGAUGGGUUUUACAGAGGAGCAAUAAAAGGCAGGAUGGGACUGCUCCCCUGUAACAUGGUGUCAGAGAUACGAGCAGACGAUGAGGAGACCUUGGAUCAGCUCAUCAAGCAGGGCUUUCUGCCUCUCAGCACACCCGUGGACAAAAUAGAGCAGAACAGAAGAGGUCUUCGCCGAGAUCAGGCCUCCAGGAGGAUGGUGGCCCUUUAUGACUACGACCCCAGAGAGAGCUCCCCUAAUGUUGAUGUUGAGGCUGAGCUGACAUUCUGUGCUGGUGACAUUAUUGCUGUUUUUGGGGACAUUGAUGAAGAUGGGUUUUACUAUGGUGAGCUCAACGGCCAUCGUGGCCUGGUGCCCUCCAACUUCUUGGAAGAAGUGCCUGAUGACGUGGAGGUCUAUCUGACCGACACCCCGUCCCACUACCCCCAGGAAGAGCCCGCCAACCGGCCCCCUACCAACUCCGCUGCCACCGUGUCAGAGGGAAAACGGGUCACCGCUGAAAACACAGACACGACUAACAACAUCACCACACCCGUGCGGGCGCCAUCCCCUAUCGUCCGUCCCCUCCUCCCAGGAACUAUGAGACCACUCAGCCCUCCAAGGGGUCACCAUGUCCCGCUGGACCCUAGGGACCCUCACAAUCUGGCAAAUAAGAAGAACAAGAAAGGAAUACUCUCCAAGGGAAAGAAACUGCUGAAGAGACUUUCCCCUGUGAAACAACAAUAAUGAUAAAAAAAAAAUAGCAUAAACAUACAGUACAAUACAUUUAUCUCUGUGGGGCUCUGUACAUAGCAUCCAUACAAUCAGCUGUGAUGUGACGGUACAUUACAGCGAGGUCAUGUGAUUCACCUCCUUGACUGCGUGAGCCUAGCAAGUGAUACAAAUGUGUUCAGUAAUGGAUAAAAACGACAUAGAUUUUGUACAGUUGAGUGCCAAAUUCAAGAAUGAAGUGACUUUCAGAAACAAGCAUAUUACUGUGAUGUAUUUGAAAUUAAGGGAUGCUUUAUUUAAAAUGAAAAACUAGGAUUUUCAUGACAUGUAUUUCUCCUCUUUACCUUUGACCCUCUAUGGUACCAUGUUGCCCAUUUUUUUCCACUACACAUCUCAGUGAAAGGUGCAAUACUUAAAAAAAAAAUGGGGAACAUUCCGGGAAGCUUUAUUCAAGUUCUUUUUUCAGUUAUUCAAAGAAAGGUAUUUCACUAUCUUGCUCCACAAACAGUCUAAAACAGUCUAAAAGUAAAGUCUGUCUAAACUUCAUCUGUAAAAAUAGAUUAACACCUAUAGUGAUAAAACCUUAAAGGAGCAUAAAUAAUAGUGAAAUCUACUGUUUUAAAUCAGAACAACACACAACCUCUUAACUUAAUUUUACUUAUUGCUCUGUUAUUUUUUUUCUAUCAUGCAGUUUAUUAAUAUUAUAAUAUAAACUUGUUGAUAUGCAUCUGUAACGGUGAGGCAACAACAUUCUAUUAUGGUCAGUUGCACAUGUUACUUUAAGGCAACAGUCUGGCUGCAUGCAAAUUUAGUGCUGUGUGUUUGGAUUUAUGUAACGUCAAAGGCAUACCAUUCAAAAAUAGUUUUAUUUCAUCUUUUAAAAUUUAACAAAGCCUGGCUAAAAGCUAAACUAAAAACCCUGUACCUCCAAAAAUAGAGCUGUGAAUAAAAAACAAAAGUAUUUUGUCUAAAUGUAAAUUUAAUACCGUUUGCUCAGAGUCACGUGCUGUUUUGGAUACUUUUCAAUUGACAUAUAUCAGUAAUGCCACAGGCAGAUUUGAAGGGUGGUCAAAAGAGUUGAUUUCCACAAAAAA